AUGUUCAGACCAAUUGCCCGUAUAUCAUCAAGAAGAUUGUUUUCAAUCACCCCAAGAAGAUCAAACUUGAUUGGUGACUUAUAUGUUCAAAACAUCAGACAAUUCAAACCACAAGCCCUUUCACAAGAAGAAAUUGAUUCUGCUGUAAAGAAAUUCCAAUUACCUGGUAAACCAACUAUUCCUCAAAUUCAUGAAUUAUCUACUGAACAAGUUAAAGAAUAUGAACAAAGCGAAGUUGAAGCUGAAGCUGCACAACCAACUGAAAAUGAAUCUGAAACUAAGCCAGAUGAAGACUGGUUUGUUUUUGAUGAAGUUGAAGCUGAGGGACAUUAG